GGCUUGCCGCAGAUUUCAUCAUUGAAUUGAGUUUUUGAAUGAAAAGCAAAAUUUGGUCACAAUUUGUGGUCAAAAAUGUCAAACAAUUAUCCAUUGCCUCAGAGAUACGAUUAACUCCAUUGCCAUCCGAUGCCAUGUCUGCCAAUCGACUCAUUUGUCGCCACUUCUGUGAUAAGAAGCCAUUCGAUGAUAAUUACGUCAAACCCUUGUCCGGCGUCAAGAGAUUCAUCUCCAGACAGUUCUUCAGAUUCAUUGAAAGCUAUGAACGCGUCCUCGAGAAGCGCUUUCCCAAGACUUUCAAGAUCUACAGAGUGUUCACCAUUGGCGCCAAAGACUUCUACGGAGAUGUCGUGCAAUACUUGCAGAUCUCAAAGCAACUCUUCGAUGGCCGACGAGUCCAUGAAUUGACAUAUAAUGAGCUCAUGGUCUACAUGAGGACUCCUAAAGACAUGGCACGCGUGGGUCCGGUGCUGUUGGUGUCUGCCCUGCCGUUCGCCAAUUAUGUGGUGUUUCCGUUGGCCUAUUGGUUCCCCAAACAACUGCUUUCAUCGCACUUCUGGACACUGGAACAGAGACAGACAUUUCAGACGAUGCACCACAAGAAGCAAUUGUAUCACUUCAGACCAGUCUUCAGAUGCAUUCAAAGCAGACUCCCUUUUGUCACAUCCGAAGACAAUCUCCGCGAGAAGUGUCGACUCGUAUUCGCUGCGCUCGGGAGCGGCACUCAUCCCAGUGUUGACCACAUAUUAGACAUGAAACCGGUGUUCAGAGACAAACCAUACGGAAUGCAAUACUUAAAGUCCAAACAUUUGACAGAGUUGUGUCGUAUGUACGGUUUGAAUGCCUUUCCAUUGGGCAAAAGGUCUCGACUUAUAAAUCACAUCGGAUUUGUACGGGAAUUAGAUUUGGCAAUCGAUAGGACAGGCAUUCAGUCACUAAAUUUGGAUCAAAUCAAAACGGCCUGUUUUAUGAGAGGUUUGAAUCCAAUAGAGUUGAGUAAAGAAGAGAUGAUAGCAUGGCUUCAGACGUGGAUCGGAAUCGCACACAAAGUCGACAGUAAUUAUUAA